AUGGCGCCCCUCUUGACAUGGGCAAGAGGUCUCAUACGCCGGGCCCCAUUAGCCCCUUUACGAUUUCCGACAGCUGGUUUUGAGACCGUUCCCACAAGUCGACUCCUGGAGGAAGAAAGACUCGAUGAGUUUAAGGCGGGCAAUUAUUACCCUGUCAACAUCGGAGAUUUAUUCGCCUCGAACAAGUACCAAGUUAUCGGCAAAUUAGGUUUUGGGUCAACCUCGACGGUUUGGCUCGCCCGCAAUCUACAAGAUCAUGACUUCGUUACCCUAAAGAUAUUUGCGCGGCAUCACGGGGAGACUUGUAGAGAUGAGUUUUGGAUUUACGAAACCAUCGGCAAGGCCAAUCCAUCUCACCCCGGGCAUCGGCAUCUGAGAACCGCCUUAGAGACAUUCACCAUUGACCGUGCCGGAGAGGAAUACCGAUGUCUCGUCCAACGCCCCAUGUGGGAUAGUUGGAAGGAUCUGCUCCAGCGAAAUCCGGCUGGGCGGUUCUCCGAGCCGCUCCUGAAGGGCGGCCUCCAACACCUCCUCCGUGCCCUCGAUUACUUGCACACAGAAUGCAAACUUGUCCAUACAGAUAUCAAGGCAGACAACAUUCUACACGCAACCAUGGAGACGCCGUCGCCACGCAAACACGUCAACAACCACCCCAUUUAUAUGUCCCGGCGAUUCGGUCUUCCUGAUGAUUUCGGGAUAAUCGUGCUCGGCGACUUUGGGGGCACCGUGAAGGGCGAUCUGAAGCGGAACCAUGACGCACAGCCAAAUGUUUACCGAUCACCAGAGGUCAUGCUCCAGGCCCCGUGGAGCUACCCUGUCGAUAUCUGGAACGUAGGCGCCAUGAUCUGGGACGUAUUUCAGGGCCGUCACCUGUUUUAUGGCCAGGACCCUACAGGCAAAGGCUACACAACUCGCGCGCACCUCGCUGAGGUCGUUGGGCUGUUAGGACCGCCGCCGUUGGAUUUGCUAGAGCGAGGGGUCCGAAGCAAGGAGUUUUUCUCAGAAAAUGGCCAAUGGGUUGCAGACGUCCCGAUCCCGCAGGGGAACAGCUUGGAAAACGCCGAACAUUUCCUGGCCGGGAGGAACAAGACGAUGUUCCUCGAUUUUGUGAGGGGAAUGCUGGCGUGGCGGCCCGAGGACCGCAAGACGGCAAAGGAACUCCUCGAGGACCCCUGGCUGAACACAUGGGAAAUAUCCGACUAGACGAGCUAAUGGAAGAAAGAAGCAACAAUGUAAUACUACUCACUACCUUGCCUACCUAUGGCUGACUCCCCUCUAGCUGGGCCAUGUUUCGAAUGGCUUGCAUUUGCGUGCCUCCCGCUUUGGGAUUGGCUACCUUUAUCCUUGCCCUAAUUUGUUUUCGUGGUUGAAACCCGACGGAGCUUGGAAGUGGCGACCAUUCGGGACACGGUUUCGACCGGACAUAUCAUAGGGG